GGCUGGCACCGUGGGCGUGAGCCGGGGCUCAGCUGCAUGAGGAUCUGAAGCGUCUCCCUUUCGUUGCCGCCGCACCCCGACAAAUGGGAAAGGACCGGAGUUUCUCGCGGCAUUUUCGGAUUUUCAUCCCCAAGAAGCACCGGCAGCGCUUUGACGAGGUGGUGUCGCAGAGCCUCAUCAGCAAGCUGUGCCGCUCCCGCAGCGAGCACGGCAACCGCCUGCGCCGCAGCCGCAGCGAGGACCAGCAGGAGCGGCUGCUCGUGUCCACCCGCGCCAGCUCCGUGCCCCGCAGCCACGAGGAGCUCAGCAAGAGCCUCCGCAAAACCUCCUCGCUCGUCAGCAGCAACGUGGCCUCGGGGGCUGCCCGCAGAACCGUGCGAGUUUAUAAAGGCAACAGGAGCUUUGGCUUCACCCUCCGCGGCCAUGCCCCGGUGUGGAUCGAGUCCGUCCUGCCAGGGAGCCCGGCGGAGAAGGCUGCGCUCAAAGCUGGAGACAGGAUCCUGUUCCUCAACGGCCUGGACAUGAGGAACUGCUCCCAUGACAAGGUGGUGUCGAUGCUGCAGGGCAGCGGGGCCAUGCCCACCUUGGUGGUGGAAGAGGGCAUUGUCAGCUUCUCCAACGACUCUGACUCUGCUGAGUCCCCGAGCAGCUCCUCGGCCCUCACCUCCCUGCAGUGGGUGGCAGAGAUUCUCCCCUCUAGCAUCAAGAUCCAGGGAAGGACGUUCACGCAGCAGCUGGAGCACCUGCUGACCCCCCCUGAGCGUUUCAGCGUCUGCAAGGCCCUGGAGGGCUUCUUCCACCACCGGACCAUUGACACUCUCAUUGUGGAUGUGUACCCGGUGCUGGACACCCCAGCCAAGCAAGUCCUCUGGCAGUUUAUCUACCAGCUGCUGAGCUACGAGGAGCAGGAGCACUGCCAGCAAAAGCUGGACAGGUUUCUGGGGUGCAAGGCCUUGGCAGGUGAGAGGCAGCCCCGUGCUCCAGGAUGGACACGCCGUGUCCUGAUGGUGCUGGGAGCUCAGACCCUUGUGCUGGUGCAGUUUUGGAUGGAGAGGAGAGAUGGCACCUCAGAGGGUGACUCUGGGGGCUUUUGGAAGCUGCUCAGGUGUCACCAUGACCAGAGGCGUUUCCUCACAGCCGAGGCCGAGGCUGAGGAUCGGUACCGCAGCUCCAUCCGAGGCGCCUCCCUGUGCCGGGGCAGCCUCCGGACCCCCCGGCCCGAGGAGGGGGCAGCAGGCAGUGACACCGUGGAGGUCCCCGUGCGCCUGAUCCCUGGAGAGAGACAGGCUGGAGAUGGCACGUCCCUCCCGGAGACACCCAACCCCAAAAUGAUGUCAGCUGUGUACGCGGAGCUGGAGAACCGCCUGAUCGGGGGCUUUGGCGGCAAGGUGGGCAACGCUGCCCUGCACAGGACAUCCCCCCCUGACCCCCACCCGCAGCUCUGUCCCGCAGGUGGCCGCAAGCCGGGGCCGGCGUGGCCGAGCGAGCUGGCGAGCCAGCCGUGCUACUACCGGCUGCACAGCAGCGUGGCCUCGCCCUGCAGCACCGAGUCCAACCCCUACGUGAGCCUGGACAGCAGCCCGGCCCCGUCGCCCACGCGCCGGCCGCGCUCGCCGCUGUCGCGGCGCAAGAAGCUGUUCACCUUCUCGCGGCCCCCGCGCAGCCGCGACACCGACCGCUUCCUGGACGCGCUCAGCGAGCAGCUGGGCCACCGCGUCACCAUCGUCGAUGAGUUCCUCACCCCCGAGAACGACUACGAGGAGAUGAGUUUCCAGGAUGACCAGGGCAGCUACGUCACCAACGAUGUCAGCAGCAGCGAGUACAUCAGCAGCAGCGACGAGGGCAGCUCCCUGACCUACUCCACGCUCUCGGACCACAUCCCCCCGCCUCCGCUCAGCCCCCCGCCCCCGCCGCCCCCCCUGCCGUUCCACGACCCCCAGGGCGGCCCCGCCAAGGCCGAGCCCCCCAAGGGCAGCGUGGCCCCCGUCCCCAAGUCCCUGGUGAGCCACCUGCACCCGGUGCCGCCGCCGCCGCCGCCGCCGCCGCCGCCGCCCGUGCCCUGCGCCCCCGCCCUGCACCGCGGGCUGCUGCACCGCCGCAGCGACUCCAACCACAUGAGCGUCAAGAGGCUGCGCUGGGAGCAGGUGGAGAACUCGGAGGGCACCAUCUGGGGACAGCUCGGAGAGGACUCUGAUUACGACAAGCUCAGUGACAUGGUCAAAUACCUCGACCUGGAGCUGCACUUUGGCACUCAGAAGCCCACGAAGCCAACUCUCAUGCCUGAAAACUUUAAAAAGAAAGACGUGGUUGAAAUUUUGUCCCACAAAAAGGCCUACAACACAUCCAUCCUGAUCGCGCACCUGAAGCUGUCGCACGCGGAGCUGCGGCAGAUCCUGAUGACGAUGGAGACGGAUCGCCUGGAGCCCUCUCACAUCAAGCAGCUGCUGCUCUACGCCCCGGACGGGGAGGAGGUGCAGCGCUUCCAGAGCUACAAGGAGAGUCCUGGCAAGCUCAGCGAGCCCGACCAGUUCGUGCUGCAGAUGCUGUCGGUGCCCGAGUACAAGAUCCGCCUGCGCAGCCUGCACUUCAAGACCACCCUGCAGGAGAAGACCGAGGAGAUCAAGGCCAGCUACGAGUGCAUCUGCAAGGCCUCCCUGGAGCUGAAGAGCAGCAAGAAGCUGGCAAAGAUCCUGGAGUUCGUGCUGGCCAUGGGGAACUACCUGAACAACGGGCAGCCCAAGACCAGCAAAACCACAGGCUUUAAAAUCAACUUCCUCACCGAGCUGAACACGACCAAGACAGUGGAUGGGAAAUCCACCUUCCUGCACAUUCUCGCCAAAUCCCUCAGCCAACACUUCCCAGAGCUCCUGGGCUUUGCCAAGGACCUUCCCACGGUGCCGCUCGCUGCCAAAGUGAACCAGAGGACCCUGACAGCCGACCUGAAGGACCUGCACAGCACGGUGAGUGACAUCCAGAAGGCGUGCCACAGCAUGCCCGCCACCGCCGAGGACAGGUUUGCCAUCGUCAUGACCUCCUUCCUGGAGAGUGCCCAGCCCGCCAUGCGCUCCCUGGACGACCUGCAGCACAAGGCCAUGGAGGAGUUCAGCAAGGUGCUGUCCUUCUUCGGGGAGGACUCAAAAAUGACGACCUCCGAAGCCUUCUUUGGCAUUUUUGCGGAAUUCAUGAGCAAGUUUGAGCGGGCUCUCAGUGACGUGCAGGUGGGCGAGAGCCAGCGCAGCCCCAGGAUGACCUCUCCCCUGGCCUGGUGACCGCCUGCAGCCACCUGAGGUGCAACAGCUCCUUGCCAACAAAGUGCAAUUUGCUCCUGUCCAGCCUGGUGUAAAUAUGCUGCUGCCUCCUGCUCCCAGCCAGCAGGGUCACCGGCAGAGGGGCCGGGCAGGCACUGAGGAGGCACCGAAGGUGACACGGGGUGACACAGUGAGGGUGGCACAAAGACAAGCCCUGGUCCUCACAGAGCUUCCUCAGCACCCUCCACCUCCAUAGAUCCCCGAGCCCGGGCUUUGUGUCCAUCUGGUAAAACCCCACUGAACCACGUUCCCCAAACUCCGUGACUGCUCCUGUGACUGGAGACCCUCCCCACACCCCCAUGGGCACUGCCCGAGCCUGGGGGCUCAGCCCUGGGCUGGGGGAGAGCCACAGAGCCCCCGGGCAGCCCAGCAGGGAAGGGAGCAGGGGGAUGAGCGGCAGGGAGGGCACCCCCAGCUCCUCUGGGGAUGCUGCUGAGCCCCGUCCAGCCCCUCUCCAAGCCCCUCUGCCCCGGGGCAGAGCACAGGGGGAACAGCAGAGCAGAGAGCGCCAGAGGUGGCCCAGAAGCUCCAGUCCCCUCCCCUGGCAGCCAGUGGCAGUGGAGAGCAGCAGGACCCUGCAGGACCCUCCUGGCACAUCCCCGAGGUCCCGAGGAUGGAUCCGGUCUGAUCCUUCCAGCUCGCGGCUCCUUCCUGGCCCUCAGCUCUGCGCAAAGCUGUGCCAGAGGCUGACGGGCCUUGAAACCCUCCCAAGAGAGCAGCACCAUCAGCACGAGGUUGUUGGAACUCGCCAGCAGGCAGCCCCGAGCGGUUCCGCGGCUCUUGGAAAGCACAGAAUGCCCGGGAGCCUGAACGGGAGCAGGAGGGCUCUGCAGCCCCAGGUGCUGCUCCGGGCACGGCAGGGGGAGCAGGGCAUCCCCCUGGAGGGGUGCAAAAGCUGAAGAAACAGCUGUCAGUCUGUCUGUCUGUGCAUGUGGCACCCGGGGACGGUGCUUGGCUGAGGGUGGCUUUGGCAGAGCAGGGGGAGCAGCUGCCCUGGAUGGCCUGGGAGCAACAUAAAUGGUUCCACGACCCUGGGAGCCCCUUUGCUGCAGGAGCAGGUUUCAGUUUCAUGGGGGACAUCCCGGGGAGCUCCAGGAGUGUCCAUGGCCACCCUCCAGCGUGCACACCCACCUCUGGGUGAGCACACCCCCCUCCAGAUGUGCAGCAGACCAACAUCCCAGUGUGCACACCCACCUCUUGGUGAGCACACCCCCCUCCAGAUGUGCACACCCACCUCCAGAUGUGCACACCCACCUCUUGGUGAGCACACCCACCUCUCACCGUGCACACCCACCUCCAGAUGUGCACACCCACCUCCAGACGUGCACCCCCACCUCUCACCGUGCCCAUCCCUCUCCCAGCUGCCCGGACCCUCCCGGAUGCCCCCGUUGUGCCCCUGGCACGGAGGGACCGCGUUCCACGGCCGCUGCUUGCGCCUGCGGGGGCUCCCGAGCUCUCUCCGUGCUUUGUGAGCAUCCCCUCCGUGCAAAAGCCGCCCGUGCCCCCGUGUCCCCCUGUCCCCCCGCAGCCAGCGCCGUGUAGGUCCCGCCUGCCCGAGGCCGGAGCAAGGGCUCCGUGUCCCGCAGCCGCCGCCGCUCCGGGACGCGAUCACCGACCGGUGCAUUAUGUCAUUAUUUCAUUAUUUCGUUAUUUACGGGAGACCUUACGACCCUCGGAUCUCCGGGUUUUGGUAAUUUUUUAAACCCCGCUGUAGAAAGUGAGGCGUAUUUUCACAAGUGUUCUCCGUUUAUACAGCUUUAAGUGCCAGGUAGUGGGUAGCCUCGUGUUCCCAGAGGUCCAGGACAGGGCCACGCUCCCUCUGCUCCUCUCUCCCUUUUGGAUGUUGCACACUGCAUUCCGUUGAGUUUUUUUUCCUUUUUUUAAAAAAAACAUGUCCAAUAUUUAAACCACCACAGGUUCUUUUGAAACUGUCCCGACAGAAGAUGCUGUACAUAGAUUUUGCUACAUGUUGUAACUUUCUGAGAUAGUUAGGACUCCAAUCCCUUUGGUAUUUUUAUGUGAAUAUUUUCAAAGAGCCAGAACUUCUGGUGAUAAGAUUUGAUAAGGGGACGAUGUAUAUUCCCAGUUCAGUCUCUACCCAAUGCCUAUGUGCUAUUCCUGAAAUAAAGCUACUGCCUCUGCCUCCUGA